CAUGGCAACGGCGUGACGUGGGGGUACUGGGAGCUGCGGGAGCAGUGGUAGCGGCUUCAGUUCUAGGCUACCCGGCCGCCCGGGCAGGAACAGAGGGAGAGGAGCUACCGCCCAACGCCGCCCCUGCGCUCGGGGACCCUGAACCCGCCCGGCUGCCGCUAACCUCCGCUCUUCCUCUGGAGUGAGGAGUGCGCAGCUGGUAUCAGAGCCGAGAGGGCAAGGGAGGGCAGCGCGCAUGGCCUCGGCAGGCGCGCGGCGACUCCCGGCCGGGACGCGCGCAGCGGCCAGGGGCUGCAGCGGCCUCUCGCUGCGCCCGGCCCCACCCCCGGUCCCUCCGCGACCGCCGGGACCAGUGAGAUUUCUGAUCUCCUGCAGCCUCUUCUUGCCCCGGGCUGCCCAGGUCUUGGCGGCUGAGGCUGGCUUACCUCCCAGCCGUUCCUUCAUGGGCUUUGCUGCCCCCUUCACCAACAAGCGAAAGGCUUACUCAGAGCGUAGGAUCAUGGGGUACUCAAUGCAGGAGAUGUACGAGGUGGUAGCCAAUGUCCAGGAGUAUCGUGAGUUUGUGCCCUGGUGUAAGAAGUCUUUGGUGGUAUACAGCCGCAAAGGUCACCUGAAGGCCCAGUUGGAGGUUGGCUUUCCACCUGUUGUGGAACGUUAUACUUCUGCUGUUUCCAUGGUCAAACCUCACAUGGUCAAGGCUGUUUGCACCGACGGCAAGCUCUUCAACCACUUAGAGACCAUUUGGCGGUUCAGUCCUGGUAUUCCUGCCUAUCCCCGAACUUGCACUGUGGACUUCUGGAUUUCCUUUGAAUUUCGUUCUCUGCUGCACUCCCAGCUGGCCACCAUGUUUUUUGAUGAGGUUGUCAAACGGAAUGUCACUGCCUUCGAGCGCCGGGCAGCAACCAAGUUUGGUCCAGAAACAGCCAUCCCCCGUGAACUGAUGUUCCAUGAGGUGCACCAAACUUGAGGCAAAGGAUUGUUCCCUAGCCUCACCUCUCCUCUCCCUCCUCACCCAAUUCUCUUAUUUAUUUAUUUCAUUUAGCUCCUGCUCCAAUCUGAGAGAAGAGUCUAUGUUCAUAAUACUGUUCUCCCACUCAAACUGGGCUCUAAGCUGGCUGGAAAUGCUGGGGGAAAGAAAAGGCAGGGAAGUAUGGAAAGGAAUGCUUAGUAUGGAAAGUGGUAUGGAAGUAUGGAAAGGAAAGUAUGCUUAGGAAAGGGUCAGGCUCAUCUUGAGAGCCCAUAUGCCUGAUGCCUGCAACCUUCUCACACUGAAUUAUAAUCAGGACUGUAUGGUUGUCUCUGAGCUCUUGUCAAGGUGCCUUAGUGUCUGACCAGGGGAAGACAGCAACUUUUCUUAGGAUUGAAUAAAUUGAAUUCCCUUCUCUGACACAGAGCUACUGGGUAGUCAGUAACUUUGCCUGCUCUUGGGGAAGGGGCAGGACAAGAACCCUGAUAAAUAAAGGGAUAUU